GAUGCACCGCGAGGCGCAAAGGGCGACGACCAGGGAGGCAGCCGAGCGCCCAGCACCAACACCGUGCGCACCGAGCGUGCAGGGGUAGGAGGCGGCGCCACCGGUCCCACGGCGCCGCGCCACUGACUUUUUGUUUGUGCUUCCUCGCAGGUCCUGGCUGCUGCGGAUAUAGUGCUUCCCGCGCAGACGGCCCCUCAAACGCCUGGGCAGGCGUGCUGGAGGCGUGGGUAGCCCGGUCACGUGCAUCAGGUCCACACAGGACCCCACGCGCCCAGCCCCGGCGCCGCGCAUGUCGCACACGCGGCGAGAGGAGGCGGCGGCGCCGGUUCCGGGCGCUGCGUCUGGGGAUGGAGGACCGCCCGUUCGUGCUCGGGCAGCAGCUCCGGGACGCGGCGACACGUUGGCUGCAGCCAAGAGAGGGCGACGACCAGAUGAUGGAGCGAUCCUAGAGCGGACGACGGCCUGGGUCCGCUACCACCGGCCCCGAGACCUGGCAGCAGCAGUGACGCUCGCUGAGGACCACCUGGCGAUGCACAGCGAGGCGCAAAGGGCGACGACCAGGGAGGCAGCCGAGCGCCCAGCACCAAUACCGCGCGCACCGAGCGUGCAGGGGGAAGAGGCACCGCCGCCGCGCACUUGACUCUGUGGCUGCUAGAUCCCCACGCGCCCAGCACCGCGCAGAGGGAGGAGGCAGCGCCACCGGUCCCACGGCGCUGCGCCACUGACUUUUUGUUUGUGCUUCCUCGCAGGUCCCGGCUGCUGCGGAUAUAGUGCUUCCCGCGCAGACGGCCCCUCAAACGCCUGGCAGGCGAGCUGGAGCCGUGGGCAGCCCGGGCACGUGCGUCGGGUCCACACAGGACCCAAUGCACCCAGCCCCGGCGCCGCGCAGGUCGCACACGCGGUGAGAGGAGGCGGUGGCGCCGGUCCCGUGCCGCCGGUCCCGUGGCGCCGGUCCCGUGGCGCCGGUCCCGUGGCGCCGGUCCCGUGGCGCCGGUUCUGGGCGCUGCGUCUGGGGAUGGAGGACCGCCCGUUCGUGCUCGGGCAGCAGCUCCGGGACGCGGCGACAUGUUGGCUGCAGCCAAGAGAGGGCGACGACCAGAUGAUGGAGCGGCUGGUCACGGAGCAGUUCCUGGAGGCGAUCCCAGCGCGGACGGCGGCCUGGGUCCGCUACCACCAGGGGGACGGCGUGGCGAAGUUGGGAGGGUGGCCGUGCCAGCAAUCUGAGGGUUACUGGUUCAAUCCCCACAUUCUACCAUCCUAGUCACGUCCGUUGUGUCCUUGGGCAAGACACUUCACCCUUGCUCCUGAUGGGUGCUGGUUAGCGCCUUGCAUGGCAGCUCCCGCCAUCAGUGUGUGAAUGGGUGAAUGUGGAAAUACUGUCAAAGCGCUUUGGGCUCCUUAAAAAGGGGUAGAAAAGCGCUAUACAAGUACAACCAUUUAUUUACCAGCAGCCCCAAGACCUGGCUGCAGCAGUGACGCUCGCCAAGGACCACCUGGCAGUGCACCGCGAGGCGCGAAGGGAGAAGACCAUGGAGGCAGCCGAGCACGCAGUGGGAGGAGGCCGCGCCGCCGGUGCCGCGCAACUGACUCUGUUUCUUUUUUGUCCACACAGGACCCAACGCGCCCGGCCCCGGCGCCGCGCAGGUCGCACACGCGGCGAGAGGAGGCGGCGCCGGUUCCGGGCGCUGCGUCUGGGGAUGGAGGACCGCCCGUUCGUGCUCGGGCAGCAGCUCCGGGACGCGGCGACACGUUGGCUGCAGCCAAGAGAGGGCGACGACCAGGUGAUGGAGCGGCUGGUCACGGAGCAGUUCCUGGAGGCGAUCCUAGAGCGGACGACGGCCUGGGUCCGCUACCACCGGCCCCGAGACCUGGCAGCUGCAGUGACGCUCGCUGAGGACCACCUGGCGAUGCACAGCGAGGCGCAAAGGGCGACGACCAGGGAGGCAGCAGAGCGCCCAGCACCAACACUGCGCGCACCGAGCGUGCAGGGGGAAGAGGCGCCGCCGCCGCGCACUUGACUCUGUGGCUGCUAGAUCCCCACGCGCCCAGCACCGCGCGGAGGGAGGAGGCGCCGCCACCGGUCCCAUGGCGCUGCGCCACUGACUUUUUGUUUAUGCUUCCUCGCAGGUCCCGGCUGCUGCGGAUAUAGUGCUUCCCGCGCAGACGGCCCCUCAAACGCCUGGGCAGGCGUGCUGGAGGCGUGGGCAGCCCGGUCACGUGCGUCGGGUCCACACAGGACCCAAUGCACCCAGCCCCGGCGCCGCGCAGGUCGCACACGCGGCGAGAGGAGGCGGCGCCGCCGGUCCCGUGGCGCCGGUUCCGGGCGCUGCGUCUGGGGAUGGAGGACCACCCGUUCAUGCUCGGGCAGCAGCUCCGGGACGCGGCGACAUGUUGGCUGCAGCCAAGAGAGGGCGACGACCAGAUGAUGGAGCGGCUGGUCACGGAGCAGUUCCUGGAGGCGAUCCCAGCGCGGACGGCGGCCUGGGUCCGCUACCACCAGGGGGACGGCGUGGCGAAGUUGGGAGAGUGGCCGUGCCAGCAAUCUGAGGGUUACUGGUUCAAUCCCCACAUUCUACCAUCCUAGUCACGUCCGUUGUGUCCUUGGGCAAGACACUUCACCCUUGCUCCUGAUGGGUGCUGGUUAGCGCCUUGCAUGGCAGCUCCCGCCAUCAGUGUGUGAAUGUGUGUGUGAAUGGGUGAAUGUGGAAAUACUGUCAAAGCGCUUUGGGCUCCUUAAAAAGGGGUAGAAAAGCGCUAUACAAGUACAACCAUUUAUUUACCAGCAGCCCCAAGACCUGGCUGCAGCAGUGACGCUCGCCGAGGACCACCUGGCAGUGCACCGCGAGGCGCGAAGGGAGAAGACCAUGGAGGCAGCCGAGCACCCAGCACCGAGCGUGCAGGAGGAGGAGGCGGCGCCACCGGUCCCACGGCGCCGCGCCACUGACUUUUUGUUUGUGCUUCCUCGCCGGUCCGGCUGCUGCGGAUAUAGUGCUUCCCGCGCAGACGGCCCCUCAAACGCCUGGGCAGGCGUGCUGGAGGCGUGGGCAGCCCGGUCACGUGCGUCGGGUCCACACAGGACCCAAUGCACCCAGCCCCGGUGCCGCGCAGGUCGCACACGCGGCGAGAGGAGGCGGCGCCGCCGGUCCCGUGGCGCCGGUCCCGUGGCGCCGGUUCCGGGCGCUGCGUCUGGGGAUGGAGGACCGCCCGUUCGUGCUCGGGCAGCAGCUCCGGGACGCGGCGACAUGUUGGCUGCAGCCAAGAGAGGGCGGCGACCAGAUGAUGGAGCGGCUGGUCACGGAGCAGUUCCUGGAGGCGAUCCCAGCGCGGACGGCGGCCUGGGUCCGCUACCACCAGGGGGACGGCGUGGCGAAGUUGGGAGAGUGGCCGUGCCAGCAAUCUGAGGGUUACUGGUUCAAUCCCCACAUUCUACCAUCCUAGUCACGUCCGUUGUGUCCUUGGGCAAGACACUUCACCCUUGCUCCUGAUGGGUGCUGGUUAGCGCCUUGCAUGGCAGCUCCCGCCAUCAGUGUGUGAAUGUGUGUGUGAAUGGGUGAAUGUGGAAAUACUGUCAAAGCGCUUUGGGCUCCUUAAAAAGGGGUAGAAAAGCGCUAUACAAGUACAACCAUUUAUUUACCACCAGCCCCAAGACCUGGCUGCAGCAGUGACGCUCGCCGAGGACCACCUGGCAGUGCACCGCGAGGCGCGAAGGGAGAAGACCAUGGAGGCAGCCGAGCACGCAGCGGGAGGAGGCCUAUAAAGACUAUAAGCCGCUACUUUUAUCCUAAACUUGUAAUAAAGAGUAAAAAAACAACAACAAGCAAUGAGAAUAUGUUUUAUUGUUUGUACUGUUGCUCCAUUUUUAGGACAAUUUGCUCACUGCAGGUGCUGCACUGUCCUUUCUUUUCCUAAUUGGAAUGCUGUUAAGUCUUCUCGUCGUCCAUAGAGUGUCUACUCGUAUGGAUUCUUCCUUCAUCACUCCAAGCAACAUUUUUUCACAAACUCCUGAGGAAAUUCACCAAAACGUCACCGUGGAUUUAUUGAGUCUGUUUAGCUGAUUGGUGAGCUAGCUCCCGCAGCUGGGGAUCCAUGAUGAUGACCUCUGCUUUGUUUGAUCAGCCGUUUUACUGCCGUGUUACAGACACUCUUCGGAAACAAUUAAGAUCGGGUCGCGGGGGCAGACUUCUCUCUCCUCAGCCACUUCGUCCAGGUCUUCCCCAGGGGAUCCCGUGGAGUUCCCCGGCCAGCUGGGAGACAUAGUCUCUUCAACGUGUCUUGGAUCUUCCCUGUGACCUCCUACCGUACCCUAAAAACCUCCCCAGGGAGCCAGGGACUACAAAGAUUGUUAUGAAGAAAAGUCUAAGUGGAGCCACUGUUGACCCGAAAGAUGCCCAAACACCUGCCAUCCUAUUCCAAUGUGGUUUUGUAGGUCGUGCAUGUUCGCCCUGAGGGGACGUCGACCUCCAGGGCAGCAGCUGGUGACUAACUAGGCAACCAAUCACGAAAUCCAAACCUUCAUCAUGCCCGCCAUUGUCAACCUCCUCUUCAACGUGGUCUCCACAAACACCACCAUCUCCUUCAACACGGUGCUGCCCCUGGUCAGCAUGGUCUCCCUCCUGGGCGGCGUGGGGGGGCACCUCCUCCUGUGGACGGUGCUGGCGAGGAACCCGAGGAGCCGCUCAAAGCCCGGCUCCGUCUUGCUGCUGAACCUCAGCCUGGCCGACACGGGGGCUCUGCUCACCCUGCCCUGCGUGCUCCUGAGUGCCGGCUUCCAGGACUGGCUCCUCGGGGACGCCGCCUGCAUCCUCCUGGGGUUCCUGACCUCCGUCACAGUCGGAGUGGAAAGUUUCAGCCUGGCUGCUUUGUCCGUGCUCCGCCGUCGUAUUGUCGCACCGCGCGGAAGACGAGCUGCAAACUUGACGGAAGUGUUGUUUGUUGUCCUGGCAAUUUGGCUGGUGUCAGUCACCAUGGCUUUACCAAAGGUCACCUACAUCAACUUUAACGGUGGUUGCACGUGGUCAGCAGGCAGAGAGGAGUGGCUGUUCUUUCUGGUCCCAGCCUUUUUGGUUUAUUACGUGGCUCCUCUCCUGUGUAUCGCCGUCAACUGCAGCCUCGUCAUCUCCCACCUCCAUGGUUGCAAAGGAUCCAUGGCUGCACACAGACGUAACAAAAAAGCUACCGCUUUGCUAGUUGCUUCAACGCUGGUUUUUGCAGUGAGCUGGUUGCCGUAUUACACACUUGAAUUUGUUAAUGUUACGUCUCCCUAUAUACAUUCGGUAGCUUCCCCCAUUGGCAGAUUCAACUCAACUUCAUCUCCGUCAUAUUUGUUGGUCACAACAGCUGGACCAAGCGAGGACACUAAGACGAGUGUGUCGCUGCUAUGGGAGUUGUCGUCCCUGACUGCCAUCUUGUUGGUGUGUCUUGCACCCUGCUGGAACCCUCCGCUGUAUUUUCUGUUGUCACGGCCUGCAGUGCGUCAUCUUCGAGCUCUGCUGCCUUCCUGCUUUCGGGAGAAUUUGGUGAAGAUAAGAAAACCUGCACAGCGAUGUCGUGUCUCUCCCGUUCCCCAAAUUCUCUCCCAACAGCCACAGCCUCCAGUAUUUGCACACCAGAACCCCUGACAAUCAGACAGACUCAGUAAGAGUUCAGGACACGGAUUUCUCAAAGAGCUUGUUUCUAUAGAAGCAUCCUACAACCCAUGGAAACACCUUAAUCGAUAGGCCCCGAUCCCGUGGGUGCUUCGGGUCCCGAGCACCCACGCACAAUGCCGAGCACCAACUUUGAUGGCAAAAUCUUUCUCACCACCAAGCAAAAAAAACGCGCAUGCUCGAGAAAAGUAGCGUCAGAUUUACCGCCCGUCCGAGCACCCACUGGCAGAAAUUUAGAUCGGCGCCUUUGCCUUAAUCUGAUCGCGUUUGGCUUUUGAGAAACCGGACGAACACACCUGAAUCGGAAACCAGAUCUCUUGAGUGGGUGUGGGCUGCCGGAGGGGACCCUUCCUAUCGCGCAUGUGCCAGUCUCACCACGCGGGGUAUAAGCCGGAAGCAGAUACCAUUCAGUAAAAACAUAGGCCUCAAUUUGAAUAAAGGGAAGUCUCUUUAUUUGCUUCACAAAUGAAAAGGACAGAACAUUUUGAAGUGAAUCGAUGGAACAAAAAGCAGAAAGAGAGAUUUAUCCAAGAAAGUAGCUAAGGAAAUGGAGAAUGGUGGUUUCAUACGGACUCCCGAACGAAAUGCGAGUGAGAUGGAAGAGAAUGAAGCAGAAAGCGUACACAAACCUCUUCACGCUGCAUUUCUGCACUGCAAACUGAUUUGCAAUAACUCUGUAUUCUGCACAAUUGGCAAGACAGUCCAGGCCCUCAUCUAGAACAGGGCAUAAAUGGUCUUUUCCUUCGGAUUCAAAACUACUUCCAUCAGUCCUCACAGCCUUUUGAUUGAACUCCUAGACAUUCGAAAGUUUUGUUUCAAUAAUUCCCCAGCCCAAAAUUAUUUUAAAACAACUCUCUCCCGCCAGUCUUUCUUUGCUUCGGACCUGCGUCCGUUCCGAGAAGUUCUUAGUAGUAGCGUCAUGUUCGUAGCGCAAUAUAAGAUUAUUUCUUGAUACUGUCUGCUAUUUAACAUCAACGUAGCUGUCAGGUUCAAACACUGAUGUUAUCUAUUAAACAAGACAAGAAGCAAAGAAUCAAACAGAGACAGAAUUAAAUUUGGACUCAAUUGAGGAGAGACGCCGUCGACCUGUAACCUCUUACAGUGUCUUAGCACGCUCUGACGAAAAAGGUUUACGUCUCCUCCUUUAUUUGGACACUCCCUGUUUACACAACAACAUCUGCUUCCAAAGGAAUGGGUAGUAUGUAAACAGUCAUUGUUUUCGGUCCCAUUAACACAAAAGAAAAAGAUGCCUCGGGCUUGGGCUGGUCCUGGCUUCAGCCUGGGCAGGUAUUCGAUGACAAUAGAUAACCCCCUCCCGUCUCCUCCCAUUGUACACAAUGGAAUUUUCCAAGCCUUUGCUUGGUGGAACAAAGACAGCCUCUUGUCUGUUCAUUGGGAACUCAGAGAACGGAAAGUUUUUUGAUAAUUUACAUACAAUUUUUCUGACAAUAGCCAUUAGAGACAUCCCAUUAUUUCAGCGGACAAGAGCUGCGGUGUUGACUUGUAAGGAGCCGCAAAGAUGCCUUGUUUUGGUGUGCUGUCAUAGGUCAACCGGAAAAGCAAUUGCUGGGAUUUUACUGACGUCACGGCCGACCAGUGUAUACUGGUGGUGCUCAAGCUAGCUUUGUUCCUCAAUGGGUACUAGGCGCCAUUUAGCCUUUUUUUGAAGAAAAAAUGCCCUACGCUUGUGUUGUUUUUGGCUGUGCAAAGUGUUCAAAGGAGAAACAUUUCUUCUGAGUUCUUUAAGUGGUAAUCCAAGAUUUUACGAAACAAUGGCGAGAAAAGCAGAGUCCAAUGUCCAAGGGAGCAGAGUGGAAGAAUGCAUGAGUUUGCAGUCGUCACUUCGUUAAAGGUGUGUUUGAUAUACUUUUAACGGUUAUUAUUUCCCAUUUAAGUAUUGUCUUGAUGUUAUUUGUAUUUCUUAAACACAUGUUUGGUACGAGUGUUCGAUAAAGACAGGGAAAAACACGCUACUUGUAAUCACGGCAGCUUAGACGCAAAGUUAAAUCAUGAAAUGCAACCUUACCCGAGCAAAAACGAUGCAUAUUUAUCCGGGAGAGUCUUGAUACCAAUGGUCUUGACCCAGCCACACACAAAGAAGCUGUAGUCAUCCAUGCUUUUCCAAGUUUCCAUCUGUUUUGUCGUGUAGAAUGGCGUCUGGAGCGCAAUAGUUCGAUAUGUCUGGGAACGCACCCAACAAAUAAUCCUUGAUAUCACUCGACAAAUCUUUUUUUGAUAAAGUAUAGGGAUUUAUUCCAUUGCAUAGUUUGAUUCUUUGCUCAUAUCUGCUUUUUACAGGAAGACUUAAGCCUCUUGUGUACUCAGAUAGUUCGGGUGCUGCUUGCUGUACACAGACCAUCUUGCCAAGUUGAGUGAAGGUAACCAAUAUUCCAAAAAAAAAAAAAAGUCCCACCGGCAAUAAAUUUAUUGCCAAGACUCAAUACUAAAUUCACUGAUUGUAUUCUGUGGGCUGGUCGGAAAGCUCUGGCGACUUGGGAGGGGUACCUUUCACAUUUGAACCGAUGCGGUACCAAGUCUUGGUACCUGGGAAUCGUCAACGGUACCAAUUUUCAGUGCUUUUUGUGUGGUAAUAAAUGUUUGCUUAAAUAAUAAAAUGUCAUUGUUUAACAUGACAUUUAAAUGUCCAUGUCCAGUUGUUACAGCUUGAUUUCUUACAGCUGAAUGUGCCAGUCUAAUCUUAUACUGCGCCCUGCAGGUUAUCGUAAGUAUCACACUCAGUCCAUGUCCAGUUGUUACAGCUGAAUGUGCCAGUCUAAUCUUAUACUGCGCCCUGCAGGUUAUCGUAAGUAUCACACUCAGUCCAUGUCCAGUUGUUACAGCUGAAUGUGCCAGUCUAAUCUUAUACUGCGCCCUGCAGGUUAUCGUAAGUAUCACACUCAGUCCAUGUCCAGUUGUUACAGCUUGAUUUCUUACAGCUGAAUGUGCCAGACUAAUCUUAUACCGCGCCCUGCAGGUAAUCGUAAGUAUCACACCCAUUACACACCAGCUGUUCGGCUGUGACAUGCGUCUUAGUUGUAGUUUUGAGAGAGAACUUUGGAGGUGUUGAUGUGAAAUCGCUAACGCUAACUGGUAUCAUGUUUAUGACGUAUCCAAUGUAAAUUAGCAUCGAGCUAGCGGCGCGGCUCAAAUGGUACAGCGGCCGACUCGCAACUUGAGUGUUCCUGGUUUGAAUCCAUCCUAGUCACUGCCGUUGUGUCCUUGGGCUCGCAGUUCCACCCAGACUGGUCUAAAUGUAGAUAAUGUAUUUCUCAAUGUAAAGUGCUUCGAGUCACGAGAGAAAAAGCGCUAUAUAAAAAUAAUUCACUUCACUAGUACAUUUAGAAAAGUGGAGCCUUGAUUUUGAGCGCGUUAUAGCAACAAUACAUGCGUUGUUGGCAUGGAAAAGCUAAAAAGUUCAGAGAGGAACAACUAGUCUGCACUUCCGGUUGCAAAGUCUCUAAAUAUGGUACUGUUUGAUUUUAUGUAGUACCGAUGAGAUUCUGUUGGUGCCUACAAAAGUACUGAAUUGACUGAUCUGGAUGAUUUCAUGUUUCAAAAGUUCCCAUGUGUGAAAUUGCUAACAUUGAGAUGUCAAAGCAACGGGAUGGAAAGAGAAGAGCCUCGGUCACUCCAUCCAUACAUCGGGCAUGUAUCCUUUGUCCUCCUUUGGGGAGCGAGAGUCCAUCCCAGCUGACUUUGAGUGAAAGGAUGAGAGUUUACCCUGGACUGAUCAGCAGUUACUCUUAAAGAAAACAGAAACUACACUUCACGUUCACAUCUACGGACAAUUUAGUGUCUCCAAACGCCGACCAUGCAUGCUUUACGGGAUGUGUGAGGAGAGAACAAGCGAGCUCCACAAAGAGAUUUUCCAAUUAAGAUCAAAGUCCAGAUCUCUUGACAGUGAAGCAGACGUGCUAACUCACUAUACUGCUCUCUCCAUAAUAUAAAUUCAAUGCCAUCUCGGUGACCUUGUUUUGAGUCUGCAUACGUGGAAUCUAUGGUUCAAAACAGAGUGAGUCUUAUACAGGAAUUUGACACAGAAAAAUGCAUCAGAGGGAUUUGGUGCGUAAAUGACUUCGUAACAAGUGGAUCUAUCGCUUCUGUCCCGUAGAUUUCCAGAUGAUAGUUCCGAUAUAAUACUGCCCGGGUCAAGUUGUUCAGAGGUCCGUGGCCUUGUAUGUAGGUAAACUCGUAAUUGGAUUUUGUUUUAUGGGGACAAUAAAACUAGAGGACGGUUUAGUUUCAUCCUUUGUAAGUACUUUACGCAAAUUUGACUGCUGGCCUUUUCAAGGACAAAAUGUACCGGUCCUUUUCUGCGACCGACUUCAGGAUUCAUGGCAGAAUAUUCUGUUUAGUGGUCGAAAUGUGCAAUUUCUUCAAUGCAGAUUAUAGUACUUUUUCUAAGACUCAACUGUCCAUUCUACGGUUACACUGAUGUCUGAAAGGCUAUAGAAACAUGCGCAUGUGGACCCGGCCCAAGUCGUUUUCUUGAAGGAACGCGGACAUAAUUACAACAUACCUUGGCAGCCAUAACUCCUGCCCCUCUGAUAUGUCCCAGAAUGCACUGCUGCACAUUCCGAUGACCGCAGCCUCAUUAGCUCUUUUUUUGGUGCAGGCAAAUGAGAGGGCUUAUCUCCGUCAUCAGGCUAAUGAUUGUUCAGUGCCCCUUUCAGCGAGCUGUGAUGUCCGGACCAGACUUCAUCAAGUCUGCCGCAGAUUAGUCAGCCCUUUAAAUAUACGCCACACCGGGCACACUCGUUGUAGAGAUUUUUGCUGCUGCUAUUCAGUGAAGCCUCAACACGUGCAGAGGCUUGCAAAGACGGUGAGGUCAGAUAAGCUCGAAGCGGCAGUGAGUAAUUGGAGUGCUAUGUAAAGCUACGAGAUUCUGGAGAUGCUUGUAAGAAUGGAAAGAUUCAGGCGUCACACAGAUUCCAUGAAUUUGAUGCACGUCAUGCAUGGCGAGCUCAUACUUGAAAAUCUUGAACACUUAGGAAAAAAACGUGUUGUUUUGUAAUGCUUCGUUAUGAGAAUAAUUGAGGAUCGGGA